AGUGACUUGUGGUCCUUAGGCAUCACUGCGAUCGAAAUGGCUGAGGGAGCUCCCCCUUUGUGCGACAUGCAUCCAAUGAGAGCUCUCUUUCUGAUUCCACGGAACCCUUCUCCGAAACUGAAGUCCAGGAAAUGGUCAAAAAAGUUUCUCAACUUUGUCGACAGUUGCUUGGUCAAAAAUUACAUGCAUCGCCCUGUGACUGAAACUCUGCUCAAACAUUCCUUCAUCAGGGACAUGCAAAAUGAACGCCAAGUACGCAUCUUGCUAAAAGACCAUCUAGACAGGACCAGGAAGAAAAAGGGAGAAAAAGAUGAAACAGAAUAUGAGUACAGCGGAAGCGAGGAAGAAGGGGAUGAGUUGAACGAAGACGAAGGAGAACCAAGCUCCAUCGUGAAUCUCCCGGGGGAAUCCACCCUGCGCCGAGAGUUCCUUCGACUUCAGCAAGAGAACAAAUCCCGUUCAGACCCCCCCUGCCUCCAGCCCCUGCAACACCAGCAACAGAAACACCAGGAAAACUACAAAAGGCAGCUUUUGGAAGAGAGGCAGAAGCGCAUCGUGGAGCAAAAACUGCAGAGGAAGAAGUUGGAAGAU